AUGUCGUCCACCGCGGCCUCGAGCCUCCCUCAUCGGUCCAUCGCGAAUAUACGCACCGAAACUGGUACAGGUGUUGGUGGUCCUGCAAUCCCACAUACGCCUUCGCGUAAUAUAUCAUCUACCUUUGGCUCUCCCUCGAGUCUACGCGCCGAAGAUGAAAAUAUUCUCAUAGAGCUGGGCUCUCGCUUCAUCAAGCUUGGCUUCGCCGGGGAAUCUGCACCCAAAGCAAUACUGUCACUUGGUCCUGAGCAACUACGCCGCGUCGGCGAUUUUCGCACUUGGGACUCUGAACACAAGGAUGACUGGAGACGCCGUCCAGUAGGCAAGAACUGGGGAGCUGAUCAUGAGCUCUGGCAAUAUGAUGUACGGACUGUGGACUUGGGUCUCGUGGAAGACAAGAUAGAUCGGGCUAUUCGAGAAGCUUUGAACAAGUUCAUGCUCAUCGAUUCGCGGCCCCGGCGAGCCUCUCUUGUUCUUUCCUCGUCCAUACCUCUGCCGUUACUAUCCGCCACGCUUGACGUUCUUUUCCACCGUUUCCAAGCACCGACUGUGUCUCUCAUGUCUUCCGCAGUCAUGUCCACUGUCGGGGCAGGCACUCGAUCGGCAUUGGUCGUGGACCUCGGCUGGGCUGAAACAACUUUGACAAGCGUGUACGAAUAUCGCGAAGUUCGUACAACAAGGACAAUUCGUGGAGGUAAAGUUUUGGUCAAUGAAACCCAUAACCUUCUGCAGGACGCCCUUUCAACAACACCAGUACAUGGGCAGAAGACUCGUCGCGAACGGGACCAGGGUCAACAUUCUCUGAGCUUUGAGGAGUGCGAGGAGGUUGCCUGCCGCCUGGUUUGGUGUCGUCAACUCGACCGGGAAGAUUUUCCAAGCCUCGUCAAAAGGCACCACCAUCCUAAGAGGGAUGCUCUACCUACGGUCGAGGAACAGGACGAGUCCGCCCCGCCCUCCCCCGUUUCCGGAGGUGAAUCGACAGGCAAUGUCGACAUUCUGCUUCAAUCCGUAGAACCGGCCGAGCACCUGACUCUGCCCUUUCAACAACUGUCCGAGCCAUGCGAAAACACGUAUUUUGCACCACAGUACGCGCGCAGUUGCUUCGAUGAUGACGAGCUUCCCGUUCAUCAUCUCAUAUACCAGCACCUUGUUCAGCUGCCUAUUGAUGCCCGGGCGGCAUGUAUGUCUCGCAUCGUCUUUAUUGGCGGCUGCUCAAGAGUCGUGGGCCUGAGACGCAGGAUAUUUGAUGAGGUAUCAAGGCUGGUACACGAACGGGGGUGGGAUCCCGUGCAAGGGCGUGCACCACAACAAUAUAAAACCAAUACACUGCUUAAGGGGGGCGUCAGUAGACAGGUUCCCGAUGGGCCGACGGAGAUUGAGCCGCCUGCCAAAGAGGCGGAGAAACCAGGAGGCCCAGAUAACGACACCCUUCGCAAUGCGGCCGAUGUCAUUGAGGAUUCUCUAAGGAAACGAGGGAACCACCAUGCAAAGGUCCAGGGUGUUUUACGACCUUUGGGAUCGCUCGGGCCUUGGGGAGGGGCUAGUUUGGCCUGCCAGCUGAAGGUGGUAGCCACGGCCAACAUCGACCGUGACAUAUGGCUUCAACAAGGGGCCGCCGGAGCCUCAAAGCCCAACGAAGUCGACAUCAAGAACCAACAACGUCAGAGUAUGGGACCUGGCGGUUUGAUGCGAGGGGCUGCAGGCCAAGCUAGCUGGACUCUGGGAGCAUGGGGUACACAUUAG